UAGUCAAACAAUUGAGUAAUAUUUAUGUCCUCGGAUAAACAUUGAAGCUGUAAUCAGUUCACAGAGGGAAGUAAAGUUUUAUUUAGGAAGCAAGUCCUAUGGCUUCCGAAACGCCAACAUUGCUUGCGACAAGCGGAAGAGCAGCUGAGAAUUGUAUUGAAAUUAGAAACUUCAACAGCCAAAGGACCUCCGUGGUGACAGAACUGCAGAUUUCAGACGUAAGUGAUGACGUAGGUACUUGCUGGCGUGAGCUGGGACCAAAGCUUGAUAUCCCUGCAGCAAAGAUCCAAAACCUGGAUAACGAUUACUGCUGUAGUCGCGACAAAGCAAACGCCUUACUCCUCAUGUGGCAACAGAAAGAAGGGAGCAGUGCAGUGGCAGGGCGUUUAGCGGAUGCUUUAGAAAGCAUUGGGAAAAAAUGCAUAGCAGAAAAGCUUCUUGGAGUGGAUUAUGCGAAAGUGAUGAGGUGUGGAAACAUUCCUAAGGGUCACGUCAUUAGUUUAACAGUUAUUCAUGACCUGGGUGAAGGGCUUAAUAAGCUUAUGGUGUGCGAAGAUGCACAGGGAAAUAAAUUCAUGGUUAAAGAAUUCAACAGCAGUGACAAUUUUUUGAAAUUGGAAGAGACGCUUGUAAGCAAGGGAUUUUUAGAAACUGUUGUUUUAGCCAGACAGGAAAGUCUAAAGCGCUAUAUUUCAUCGGAGCUUCAGGACCUGAGACUCCAAAUGAAUAAAGGGCAACUGGCUUGUGGAAAUGUUAAUAAAACAGAUGGGAUUCAAGAUGCCUCUAAAGACAAAACAGAGCCCACACGCAGCUUAUUGAAUGAGGAAGCGGAUCCGUCAAACGAUGAAAGCGUGGGAAAAUUGCUAGAGUCAUGUGAAGAACAUCGCAACUAUUUUCAGAAUAUGUUUGAAGCUCUUAUCAAGCUGACUGCUCAGGUUGGGCAACAAAGUGAAGAUAAUGUUAAUUGUAUUAAAAAACUUUUAGACUUUACUACGGAACUCCAGCAAGAAGAAACAGCACUUUUCUCCAAAAUAGAAUCAGUAGGUACUCAGAGCCAACUCAAGGACGAGCAGCACACAAAUCGUUUUGAGGAAUUACACAAAUGGAAAACGCAUCAUGAGUUGCAAUUGAAGGAAGUUGAAAAACUGCUGUUAGGACUGCUUCAUCAAAUGACAACUGAGAGAAAGACGAAUUAUAAAAGGAGGCUGCCCUCUCACCAGAAAACUGAACUAGAAGGCCGAUCAAAACCUCUGCCAGGAUACGGAAGGAAGUUAUAA